AGCGCAGUCUUUCCGGCCGGGCUCCCCUCUAAUUGGCCGGCUCAGAACUUCCUCGGGGACUUGGCCACUCGGGGGCAACGCGGCGGCCUCUCUAGCCGCUGUCCCGAGGCUCGUUCUCGGCCUUUCGGCUGCGAGCUCUUUAUGGUGCUGGCAGCGACAUGUGGCGCCUCCCGGGACUCCUGGGCCUAGCUCUUCCCCGUACGCUGGGACCUAGCCUCUGGAGGGUGACUCCCAAGUUCACUAGCCCAGAUGGGCCUCAGACUGCCUCCUCCACCUUGCUGGUUCCUGUGCCUAACCUUGACAGGUCGGGUCCCCAAGGCCCAGGCAGGAGCAGGGGUCCAAAGUCCCAUGGAUGGAAGGAUGCCUUCCAGUGGAUGUCUGCCUGUGUCUCCCCGAACACCCUACGGGAUGCCAUAUCGUGGGGCACUCUGGCCGUGCUGGCCCUGCAGCUGGCAAGGCAGAUCCACUUCCAUGCAUCCCUGCCAGCAGGGCCUCGCCGAGUGGAACACUGCUCCUGGCACAGUCCCCUGGGCCGUUUCCUCUCAUCUCCCCUGUGGCACCCAUGCUCCUCACUGCGGCAGCACAUCCUCCCCAGCCCUGAUGGCCCAGCUCCCAGGCACACUGGCCUCAGAGAACCCAGGCUUGGCCAGGAAGAAGCCUCAGCUCAGCCCCAGAACUUCUCACACAACUCCUUGAGAGCAGCUCGUCCUCAGGACCCCUCCUCUGAGGAAGGUGUCGGCCUUUCCCUUGCAGGUCCCAGUGAUUUUGGCUUCCUGCAUGCCAGUAGCAGAAUCAAAUCCAAGGCAAAACCAGCCCAGCCUCAGCACGCUGGUGAACAGGAACAAGAUACAUCAAAAACUCUUUCCCUCGAGGAGGCUGUGACUUCCAUUCAGCAGCUCUUCCAGCUCAGUGUUUCCAUCGCUUUCAACUUCCUGGAUGUUGCACAAGUCCUUGUCCAGAAUGUAGGCACAUGGCCACACCUCGCCACAGAGGAUCCUGCCAAGUUACUAUAUAUGAAGGAGAAAAUAAAUCUUGGAGCGCACUUAUCAUUCUCUGCCACACUUAGGAAAGAACAGGCUCCUGAGGCAGUCCUUUAUUAUCAACUGGCUGCCAGCCAAGGCCACAGCCUGGCUCAGUACCGCUAUGCCAGGUGCCUACUACAAGACACAGCCCCUUCGUGGGACCCUGAGCAGCAGAGGGCAGUGUCCAUGCUGAAGCAGGCUGCAGACUCAGGCUUGAGAGAGGCCCAAGCUUUCCUCGGGGUGCUUUUCACCAAGGAGCCCUACCUGGAUGAGCAGAGAGCUGUGAAAUACCUUUGGCUUGCAGCCAACAAUGGGGACUCACAGAGCAGGUACCACUUGGGAAUUUGCUACGAGAGAGGCCUUGGUGUACACAGGAAUCUGGGAGAGGCCUUGAGAUGUUACCAGCAGUCAGCGGCUCUGGGAAAUGAGGCUGCCCAGGAGAGGCUGCGAGCCCUCUUUUCCAUGGAGGCUGCAGCCCCAGGGCCCAGAGACCUGACAGUUACGGGACUGAAGUCUUUCUCCAGCCCCUCCCUCUGCAGCCUGAACACUCUGCUGGCAGGAACCUCACACCUACCACAUGCCUCAAGCACAGGGAACCUUGGCCUCCUCUGCAGAAGUCGGCAUUUCAGAGCCAGCCCGCAAGCCCCCAGCAGGGCUAUUCCUCCACACCCCUGCCCACUGGAAAGGAGCAUCGUCAGACUAGGUUUUGGCUAAGGUAGAAAUUCCAGCUGGAGUUCAGGUUCUCAAGCAAUUUCACGUACAUGGCUAGUAAGUAACUGAUCAUUCCCCCGACUUGGUAGCCUCACAGAUGAGCCUUGGAUGCGUUCACAGUCAUUUCUGGUCUGUGCACCAAAGGAUGCAUUCACUGACCUAGGAAGAACCCUCCUGGAGGGUCCACAGACCCUGGUGCUCACCUUAGCCUUUGUGUUUGAGCAAAUCACUCACCUUCUCCCUUCCUGUGCCUCAGUUUUCUCACACUUAAACCAGUACCACUCUUUGCCAAUGUUUGAUGUGUGUACCCCUGGUUCACAAGAAGAUUUUAGGUGACAUUCAAAUCAAUAUUUUCUAUUUCAGUAGUUAUAUAUUUAACAUAUAAUAUAAAAGUAUGACUAGCAUAUUGACCUGCAGUUUGACAGAUGUUCUGUCUAGGAUAAAGCUAACUUUUAAAAAAAGUGAAUCAGGGCCAGGGAGAUGGCUCACGCCUGUAUUCCCAGUACUUUGGGAGGCCAAGGCAGGCAGGACACCUGAAGUUGGGGGUUCAAGACUAGCCUGACCAACAUAGAGAAACCCUGUCUCUACUAAAAAUACAAAAUUAGCAAGGUAUUAUGGCACAGGCCUGUAGUCCCAGCUACUUGGGAAGCUGAGACAGGAGAAUCGCUUGAACCCAGGAGGCAGAGGUUGCAGUGAGCUGAGAUUGUGCCAUUGCACUCCAGCAUGGGCAACAAGAGCGAAACUCCAUCUCCAAAAAAAAAAAGUGAAUCAGUUUAAAGAAAAACAUAGCGUAAAAGGGAGCACAGAUCUAGAGAGGUGGCAAAAAUCAUAGGGGUGGUUCCAUGAGUGGCUGACACUUAGGAAACACUGAAUCAGGCCAUCCUCGAGACUACCUCCACCAUUCACCUCUAUUCAUCCCCCGUGGGCUCAUAAUUGUUUUCGUUUCACCUUUGAUU